UCCCGGCUGCUCCGCCGCCGCCGAGGGCUGCCCCGAGCCCGCCCUGCUCCGCGCCGCCGACAGAGCCGCUCAGUUCGCGGGAGACGACUUCGCCUACGCCGGGCCCGAGCUGGGCGGCGGCGCCCUGGGGGUGCAGCUCACCUGCGACGUGAAGCCAGGAGAAAAUGAAGUUCCAUCUGAAGAUGCCCUAAUACUACAGCUUCACCUUGCAAAAGGUCAUGAGAAAUUUACUGAAAUGCUAAAAAGCCAGCAGCAGAUCAUUGUAGAUUUACAGCAGAAACUUGCUGAACAGCAACAUGUAUUGGUUAGCCAGCAACGGGAGAUUCUUGAACAGCAAAGAAAAAUGUAUGAGCAAAUGGAUCUGAUCAAAGUGCAGUAUGGCAUGCUUUUUGACACAGUGAAACAAAUGUCAUUUCAGAGUUUGCAAGAAGAUAUUCAAAAUUAUUUUGAAAGUCAUCUUCAAGGACUUCAGAACCAGGUCAGGAAUCAUCUCCAGAAGUCAUACUCUGUGCAUAAAGUAGAAGUGGAUGCAAAAGUGAUUAAUGUCGGGGAAUCUUUGCUGGACUGUGGUCUUUGUGAAAGUGAUGAAUUUUGCAAUUUCCAAAAGACACCUUCACAAUGUGAGAAAUGCACAUUGUGUCCUGCUGGCUUUUUCCAAAUGGCUGAUUGUUCUGCAAACUCUGAUCGGAUUUGCCAGGACAGAGAUGAAUGCACUGAAUCUCCAAGCAUUUGUGGUGAGAGAAUAAAAUGCCUGAAUACUCCGGGUGGCUUUCGAUGCCUUGGAAUUGCUGAGAAAGAUGCAGCUCUGGGAUUGUGUGGAGAGGAGUAUUUCUUUAAUAAGGAAAUGCAAGAAUGCCAAGCAUGUUUGAAAUGUGAAGACGGAAUGGUGGCCAUGCCUUGUUCCACUGUCAGUGACACGGUUUGUUCAGCAACCAGUGAAAGCAAGCUAUCAGAAUCUUGGGCUGCAAACAUCAUUUUACCAUCUGUGAAGUCUGGCAUCUCUCAGGUCUACUCUGGCUUGAACUUGAAGAUAAGGGAAAAGCUUCACUGUGACAUUCUGUCCAUCGAAGAUCACGGCCUGAUAUUCAGGCAGCAUGGUCUGUUGUGGACUGACCUAAAUUUUGCAGUAAAACAUAACUGCAGGAAUUUUUUGCAACUUUCCUUAAAGCUAAAUGGCAGUGAGGAAGGCUAUGAGCUGAGUGGUGUUCGCAUUGAACAGCCAGAAGGAAAAUAUUUCCAGAGCACCAGUUUAAGCAGCGCUGCUGAGGUGGAGCCCAGCCAAACUCUUUCCGUGUUUUUGAGGAGCCCCAACCAAUUCUGCAAUCAAAGUAAAGACUUACAUAUUUACGAUCUUAAUAGCGCACUAAGUCUGUUCUGGUUGUCUCAUGAUACGGGUGCUGUGGCGAUCAGCGCACACAUGUCAACAGCAAUGCAUUACCAAACUAACUAUCGGCCUACGUUUAAAAUAGUUUCUGUUUCCGACCCUUACAUGCUAAGUUUAUCUCACGAUGGCAGAGCUAUAAAAUUCACUGAAACUGGUGUUGUCAAAUUUGUGUUGCACCAAGCAUUGUAUUCUAUGGGUCACACUUGUGUCCGGGAGGGUUUCUCCUUAAUUUCUUAUAUAAAUAGGAAUGGUACCAACAGAGAACUAAUGAAUGUAUUUAAAUCUGGGGUAAAUUACAGAGAUACGUCAAUAUCUGCUUCUGGGGCCACAAAAGUUGCUGCUGGAGAUCUGAUUAGCUUUGAGAUACUCUCUCCUGCACAGUGUAAUGUUCGGUAUUUUGGAGAUAGUUCUGGGAUUAGUAUGUUUAGCCUUAUCUGGAUACCUUCAGCAGUUUCUAGUGCCAUAUCAGCCACAGUUUCUGUUACAGGCCUGCCUACCGGAGCUGUGAGAAACAAAUUACUGGAUUUCACCCAGAUCUCAUCCAAUGAGAAACAGAUACAGCUGGUUUCUUCUGGACAGCUUGCUCAGAAGUACUUCAUUUUUACAGAAAAGGGAGUUGCCAGUCUUGCAUUUAACUUAAAGCUAAUCCAUUCAUGCAGUGUGCUUAAAGUGACUCUCCAACAGUUGACCAUGGAUCACAUGCAACCCUCCAUAAUUGCUCAGCAGAUUGGAGGGCAGAUGCCAGAGGGAAGCAUAUGGACCAGUGUGACCCUCCGUGCAUCUUUUGAAGUACAUAAUGGAACGCUGAUAUCAGUUUCUCUUGACUGCGUACGUGGAAGGAUCAAUCAGAUCACUCAUGAACAUGGAACUAGUGUAUCUAUUUUAUGGAUUUCAUCUUAAUUUCUGUACAGUGACAGUAUUGGGGUUUAAAUUGGAUUAGGAUUCUACUCUGAUUCUUUGUCUGUAUUUGAGAUCUUACAGUGAGUCAACAUGAAUAUACUGUCCCAGUAAAGUGCUGUCAAAUUUAGGAAUAUUUAAAUAUAACCUUAAUUAAGUGAUCAGUAUUUAAAGAAAAGAGAGCUUUCAGAGUUCCAAGGCAGUACUUCUGUUAACAUCUUCAGAUGGGGGAUCUAUGGAUUCAACUCAGAACUAUUUUUUACAGUGCAGUCUCUUAAAAUCAAUUAUUUCUGGACCACAGAAAAUUGCGGUGAGAGUAAAUACAUAUCUUCUGGUACUGGAACUGAAAGCAGCGCAGCCAAGUAGUGGAAGUCUGCUUUCACUUUCUUCUGCCAGCAAGACUGUAUGUACUCAGAGGCAAAUUUGUUUACAUCUUAUAAAAUGUUGUGAUUAAUCUUUCAGUGCCUUAAGUGUGCCUCAAAGUAGAAACGGUAAUGUGGUAACACUGAAUUAUAUUUGCACAAUUUUGUAAAAAUGGACCUGGGUAGAACAUUGUUUUUACAAAACAUGUUCUCAUCAUGGACGUUGUAACUAAUGAUCUAAUUUAAUUUUGAAAUAAUCUGCUUUUAAGUAAUUUGGGAAGACUUGUUCCCAUUUUAAAUUGCAGCCAGUGAAGGGUUGCAUGAUGAGAAGGAAGUGUUAGAAACAUGUCUUGAAAAUCAGGCUUUAAAAGGAAACAGACUUUUAUUCAGUUUCUUACCAGUUAUGAAAUCUGACCAAAAAGGGACACCAUUCUCAAGCAUACUUAUUUUGCUGAAACUGGUGCUUAAUUUUAGGAGUUCUGUUUUGUUAAAUCACUCAAUUCUAAAAUGAAAUUAUGUAUUUAAUGACACUGAUUAUUGCCUUCUUCCAACUCUUCUGUCAGACUGCUCUUUCUGAUCUGUGUGUCUCUCCUUUCCUCUCCCAAAAUAUGGCUGCUUCACUCUAUCCUUAUUUUGUUAGGAACAAAAAGCAUGCUCUGUCACAUAGCUCAACUCCUUCCAGCCAUCCUUCACCAGCCCUACUAAAGAACAGGUGUGCACGAAUGUCACAUAUAGAAGAGGAACAUUAAUAAGACAGCUGCAGGCUGCCUACCAUCAACCAAUUUGAAAGUGAGACUACUAUGUAUUAUAUGACUUUACUGUGGGUGUCUGCCUGAGCACAUGUAUCUAAAAUGCAUGCACUUUCCUGUGCUCUUCACCCGUUCUGAAGUUUGUAACCAAUUUUUUUUUUUUCUUUCUAAAAGCAUGAACCCAAAUGCAAGAGUUCCAUCUGUGUUUCCAUUUUUACUUGUAAUUUUCUAAUCUUGUCAUUAUCACUUGUGGUUACCUUUCCCUCAUACUUUUUUCUUCAGGUUUGAACUCAGAGAUAUACAGGCUUAGGACAGAUUAUUUUCCUGCACCAAACAGAAUGCUAGUAUUUCUUGUUUCAGCUCUUAAGUCUGAGCAACUCAUUGCAAUAUACCUCACUGGAUGCUCUGUUGAGGCCAACAUAACCACAGUAAGUUCAGCCCUCAUGCUGUAUCUUCUCUAACAAACCGACCUCUACAAAGAGGUGAUUUUGUGAGGAGGGCGUCAAAGGCCUUCUUCCUCUCAGAAGCAGAUAGCUCACUGCUGUAUCAGAACGUCUGUACUGCAAGAGAAGCUCUGCAGAGAGCAGACCGGGGUAUUUUUGCAGCAAAACUGCAGGGAAGACAAUGUUGGAGAAGGUUUGAAAUAAGAUGCUUAUGUUUUUAUUUGACGGAAAGUCAAGAAAAUAAUCUUCUCACAGACAUUGCUCCUUAUUUUUCUUGUCUGCUUUACCAUAUGCAGUUGUUUUAGAGGCUGUCACCCCCAUUAAAAUAAUAGCUUAAAAGUCAUUCUGGAUUUAAACCUGUGUAGCAGAUAAUCAGAAUCUAAUGUAGGAUGUAAUCUAAUACAUCUUCAGCAAAGUGCAGAUGUUACUUGAAUAUAAUAAGCAUUUGCCUUUAUGUAGCAUAUAGCACAUCUAACAGCAUGAUUUGUAUGUGUAUAUUUUACUUGAGUGAGUUUGUAAUACCAGUGGAAUUGCUUGAAUAUGGAGAAGACUAAUGCUUAAAUCCUGUAUUGUGCACAUGGUGAUGGCACUUCCAUUUAAAUGUGCCAUUAUUAAGGGAUGCAAGAACUACCAGGGAGCUACAAGUGAGCAUUAUUACAGCUAAGGGAGAUUUCAGAGUGUGAAAUCAUAAAUACAGUCUAUCUUUUCUGAAGAUUCUUGUAGGAGAGCCCAUAAUUGCCCUCAAAUUAAAAGUAGAUUUUUAGAUGCACGGGGCAGAAAUGCGGUAUUUUGCAGCCAUCUGAUUAAUGGUAAUGCAUUUCAUAUAGUUCUGCUACUGUCAUCUGUGAUAAAGUAUUCACACCAUGAAUAAAAAUAAUCUUCUAAAUACAAACAGUUAACUGCAACUUGCAAUAGCUUAGCCUUAUUUCAGUCAAGAAAGAUUCAUUGUUUGAGCCUGUUUUCAUUGCUAUCUUUUAAAAAAAAAACAGCCUAAAUUAAGAACUCAGUCCACUUAGUUACAGUAACAUGAAUUUGGAGUGUGUUGGAGUCAGAGUGGAUUUAUGGUAGUCUAACUAACAGCAUAGUAUAUAGCCUUUGCCUCUAUGAAAAUGAUAUAUAUUACCUCAUUCCAUGCAACAUUAAGUGGUGCACUGCGGUCCUACAUAAGAUAAAGUUCAAAAGCAAUCAGACAAUGUACAAUGAAUGCUAAUUUUAUGGUACUUACCCCAUUUGCUGUAAUUAAUUGCAUGCUUUAUUCUUGACAGAUAUACCUUAUCAAUUAUAUUUACAACCUAGGAACUUUUAUUUCAAGUUUUCAUAUGGUUUCUUUCUUUUAGUAGCAUAAUAUAAUGAUGUGAAGUACAGAAUGGUUUUUUUGUUUGUUUUCCAUCUUUCGAUACCACGUUCAUGAAUACUCUUGAAUAAAUCUCAGGAGACUGUUUCCAACCCUUGUUCCUAAUGGGUGUUCUCAUAAAGUCUUCUAGAGUAAGUGCAAGUAAAGAGGCUAGCAAAGUCUGUACAGAAAGAGUAGAAGUUAAUCCAUCUAUGUAGGUCACUCCAAAAUUAAUACCUUUCUGCAACAAUGCAAAAAAAAUAACGCAAUGUUGGUGGAAAGGUUCCGGCUUUACUGUCAUACCACCAUCUGCCUCCGAGAGCGUGGGUCAAUCUAAUAAGGUAGGAAGCAUUACUUUCAAAACAGCCUUCAUAGAAAGGUGAAUGUUUCACUUAUGCAAAUAAUGGGAAACAUUGUGGAAAAUGUGACUAUUACAGGAGAAAAAUAAUAUAGGUUGUGUAGUGCUGCUUAUGUAAGAGGGAAAAGGAUCUUUCUUACAAAAGCCUGCAUCACUUAGUACGAAGCAUUUUGCAAUUUGAGAGAGCUUACCUGAAUAUAUUUAUUACCUAUACACUUUCGUGCUUUCUGAAGUCAAAAUUGGGUAGAGUACGUUGACUAUUUUAAUAUUUUGGAUUAUUCCCUUUGUUCUGUGCAGAUUGCAGUGCACUGUGAAAAUGACACUAGGUUCAAGUGAUGCUUUUUAAUAAAAUUUCCUACUUUGAAAUAUUACCUUGUGUUAAAAACACUGCUUAGACACUUCUGUUAAUACUAUAUUGUAAUAUGUUUUAAGAGAACUUUGCUGAAAUAAAAACAACAAAAAGG